AUGGCAUCAAUUACAGCCAAACCAUUCCGAUUGGCCUUACUUCAAUUAGGAUCAUUGACAUCAUCCAAGGCAAAUAAUAUAUCGGUAGCUAAACGCGCAGUGGAAGAAGCAGCUUCUUCUUCACCUAAACCAAAUUUGAUUGUCUUACCUGAAAUUUGGAAUUCCCCUUAUGCAGUGAAUGCUUUUAGAGAAUAUUCAGAGAAGAUACCUAAGAUAGGUAGUAAAAAUGGCGAAGUGGGAGAUGAAGGUGAAACGGUUAAAGCUAUGAGACAAAUGGCUAUUAACAAUAACGUUUGGUUGAUUGGUGGAUCAAUCCCUCAGAAAGAUGAAAGGACAGAUGAGAUUUUUAAUACGUGUACAGUGUAUGAUCCAGAUGGAACCCUCGUAGCUAUACAUCAAAAAGUCCAUCUGUUCGAUAUCGAUAUUCCAGGCAAGCAAACAUUCAAGGAAUCAGAUACUCUCACAGGAGGCAAAACUUUGACUACAUUCGUAACACCUUUUGGAAAGAUUGGUUUAGGAAUUUGUUAUGAUAUCCGAUUUCCGGAGAUGGCUACUAUCGCUGCUCGUCAAGGCUGCGUAGCAAUGAUCUACCCUGCUGCGUUCAAUACUACAACAGGACCAAUGCAUUGGUCUUUACUUCAACGGGGCAGAGCUAUUGAUAAUCAGAUUUACGUAGCUAUGUGCUCACCCGCCAGACACCCCGAAGCUUCAUACCAAGCUUACGGUCAUUCAAUGGUCGUCAACCCUCUAGGAGAUAUAUUAGUAGAAGCUGGACAUCAACCAACGACAGUAUACGCGGAUAUCGAUGUCGACUUGUUAGCUACUACUCGAAGGAAUCUUCCUAUAACUAUUCAAAGAAGGUUCGACGUUUAUCCUGAUGUAGCUGAGAAGUUUUUAUAA